UUCAGUAUAAAGACUAAAGAGAGAGAGAGAGGACAUAACUCAGUAUCAAACCUCAGAAGUCCCAAAGACUAAAACCCAAGCGAUGAGUGGGAAACUUCUCAAGAAGUUGGAAGAUCCGCCGAUUGCAUCUUCUUCAAGCGAAGAAGAAGACGACGAAGAUGCCGUAGCCAACUCUUCCUCGGAAGAAGAAGAAGAAACCGAUUCCGAAACCGAAGCCGAGCCGGUCGCGAAGCCGCUUGCGAAACCUCCAGCAGAUUCCAGAAAGGUUGAAACUUCCUCAAAGCCCGAGACCAAGAAGAAGCGAUCUAGUGAGGCAGAUGAAGGCGAAGAAGCAAAGAGGGUCAAGAGGGUUUCAGGGGAAGACGACCACAAAAAGAGUAAGGGAGAGGAGACUAAGAAAAGCUGUUUCCAAAGAGUUUGGACCGAAGAAGACGAGAUUGCUGUCUUGCAAGGGAUUAUCGACUAUAAAAACGAAACUGGGUCAAGCCCUUAUGAUGACAAGAACGCUUUUUAUGAUCUUGUGAAGAAAUCUGUAAGCUUUGAUGUUACUAAAACUCAGUUUAUGGAGAAGAUUAGAGCUUUGAAGAAGAAGUUUGAGAACAAUCUUGGUAGAUGCAAGAAGAAAGGAAAGGAUCCGUCUUUUUCCAAAGCUCAUGAUCGCAAGGCGUUUGAUUUGGCAAAGCUGGUUUGGGGAGAUAAUGGGAUCAUGGCUCUUGAACCAUUGUCAGCUGUCAAGUCAAAGAAAGUUGAGCAUGCUGUGAAGAAGCAAGAGGAGCCUGCUGUGAAGAAGCAAGAGUUUGUUCCCAUUGUUGAUUUAGUAGCUCGUUUUGGUGUGGAUGAUCUUGCUGCUAAACAAGGUUGGAGCAGGCUUUCAUCCGAGGACAAGGAGAGAUUCGAGGAGCAAUGGAAAGCGUUGCAGCUUAAGGAAUUCAAGUUCUACUCUCAAAAGAGCGGUUUCAUUCAUGAAGUGGUAACAAAGAUGGCUGAAGCCUCUCGGCCAGACCAUUAGAUUUAUGUUUUGUUGCUUUUGUUUUCUUGUCUCUUUUGCCUGAAUUCGCCUCCGUCGUUUUACUUUCUCUGUUGAUUUAUCAAUAUUGAAGUGAUAUUUUAAAUUAAGUUAAUCCAUGUUGUCCA